AUGGUUGGAUGCUUAAUGUAUCUUCUUGCAACAAGGCCUGAUCUGGCUUACUUUGUGUGCCUGGUUGCUAGGUAUAUGGAUAGACCUACUGAAUUGCAUUUUGCAGCUCUGAAGAGAAUUCUAAGGUACUUAAAAGGUACUCUGACUGAUGGAAUCAUGUACCAAAGUAAAGCAGGGAAAUCACUUGAGCUGGUUGGUUGGUCAGACUCUGACUAUGCUGGAGACUUGAAUGAUAGGAAAUCUACAUUUGGCUAUGUGUUUAUGUUGGGUUUAGUUGCUAUUUCUUGGUCUUCAAAGAAACAAGCCAUUGUCACAAUGUCAACCACAGAAGCUGAAUAUGUUGCAGCUGCCUCAUGUGCUAGUCAAUGCAUAUGGCUGAGGAAUAUUUUGGAGCAUUUGACACACAAUCAAAUUGGCUCUACUAGAAUCUUUUGUGAUAAUAGUUUCACAAUUAAGCUGUCUAAGAAUCUCAUUAUGCAUGGAAGAUGUAAACAUAUAGACAUAAGGUUUGACUUCCUGAGAAACCUUGUGAAGGAAGAAACAAUGGAGCUCAUUCAUUGCAAGUCUGAGGAUCAACUAGCUGAUCUACUGACUAAACCAUUGAAGUUGGAAUCAUUUCUCAAGCUUAAAAUUGGUUUCAGAAUGAUAGGAGCACGAGUCAAGUAG